AUAAAUAGAUUGGGAAUUGCGCACGUAUGGAAAGCGAUAAUGUGCAAUGAAUGAUAAAUAUUUGUGAAGAGAUCUGUACAAUAUGAACAGCGAUUAACGUAAAUUGAACGUUAUAUUCUCUCUCCUAAUCUGAUGUCGCUGGCGCCUAUUUUACGAAUCAGAACAGACGUAGAAAAAAGUUGGCAAUGGUUGGCAACCUUUCGGAAACAAGUGCGACCCCACCACCACCACAACCAGGAAAAUAAUAAUUAACCUCACCAAUCAGCUGUCAGCAGAUAUAGCAGUUUCAACAUCUUAUUUUCAAUUUUCAGCAAGGAGGCAGCGAAAAUCCAACAAGUGCUUCAUCAAAAUUACGCGUGGCUACAGCUUUGUGCAAUCUACUGUUCUCAUUUGAGUGUAACAUUUGCACAUAGGUACAAGAAUGUCUGGACUGCUCUUCGGCGUAACAGGAAAACAGGUCAACCGCAGCACCUACACAGUGGUGAAGAGGCUUCAGCAGACCGCCAGCCAUCCAUUGAUCAAGACUUCGCAGCAAGAUGUAGUCCCUGUGUUUAGGAGAGCCUCGAAUUACACUGACAAGAUUGCACUUAAAGACACCUAUGGCAGGUAUACGUAUGGUAACUUGUUCAUGGGAGCCAAGGAAUUGUCCAGUGACAUAUCAGUUAAUGUUGGAAGGAAGAAUAGUGAAAGGGUGCUGUUUUUGUGUCCAAAUGAUGCCAGCUAUGUGCUCACCCAAUGGGCCAUUUGGAUGUCAGGACAGAUAGCCGUGCCAUUAAGUUCAUUGCAUCCGCAAAAUCUGUUGGAGUAUUAUUGUAACGAUAGCAAUGCCAAAUUGCUCGUAACAAUUCCCGAGUAUGCCGAGCUCAUGAACCGAGUUGCCAAAAAUUGCAACAAGCAAUUGCUUGUAUUGGAUGAUAAACUUCGUCAGAAUGCCACGCAAAAAGUGCCUUCCCGGCAAUGUGAUAUGGACGCCGGUUUGUCCAAGGACUUCUACAAUCGCAGUAACAGUAUGAUUUUAUAUACUAGCGGGACCACAGGAAAUCCAAAAGGUGUGGUUCUAACUCACAAGAAUAUUGUAACACAAAUUACCACAUUGCUGGAUGCAUGGAGAUGGACCGAAAACGAUACGAUCUUGCAUUGCUUGCCAUUGCAUCACGUACAUGGUAUAGUGAAUGCCUUGAUGUGUCCCCUAUACGCAGGAGCUAAAAUAAAUAUGUUGCCCAAAUUCGACAAAGAUAACGUAUGGUCGCAUUUGUUGGGCGUUAAUGAAACAGCUUCCAACAGGAUCACAACGUUCAUGGCCGUCCCAACGAUCUAUACGAAAUUGAUUGAGGAACACAAGAAGUUGUUCAGCCAAGAUAGCAAGAUGUGCGAGCAUAUUAAGCAGAUCUUGAAGACCAAAGUACGUCUUAUGGUUAGCGGUAGCGCCCCGUUGCCCAUUCCAGUUUACGAGAAGUGGUUGGAGAUUAGCGGUCACAAGCUUUUGGAACGUUUCGGUAUGACCGAAAUCGGUAUGUGUUUAUCCAACACUUACGAGGGUAAUCGAGAGCCCGGCUACGUUGGGCUGCCGCUUCCUGGAGUCUCCGUACGCUUGGCUCUGAAACAAGAAUCCUCCGACAACGAUUACGAAAAUCUAAUUGAAGUCACCAAUUGCAACGGUCAGAUUAACAUAAAAAAGAACAAGCUGAUCGAAGGCAACCCCGUCGGCGAGUUGCACGUUAAAGGCGAGAGUGUCUUCAAGGAAUACUUCAAUAGACCACAAGCAACGCAAAAAGAGUUCACCGAAGACGGCUGGUUCAAGACUGGAGAUCUAGCCAAGUUCAACAUGGACAAAGAAUUGUUUAAGAUGCUCGGCCGUACCAGUGUUGACAUCAUUAAAUGCGGAGGAUAUAAAGUGAGCGCCUUGGAGAUCGAGACACAUCUACUCGGACAUCCAAAAGUAGCGGAUACGGCCGUUGUUGGCUUGAAGGACGAGACCUGGGGGGAAAUUAUCUGCGCUAUCGUAGUCCUGAAGCCGGAGGCGACGAUGGACCAGGAGGAGAUGCGCGAAUGGGCAAAAACCAAGAUGCCUGAGUACACCGUGCCGAAGCAGCUCAAAAUUGUACAGCAAAUCGAUAAAAAUGCGAUGGGCAAAAUCAACAAGAAGGAAUUGAUAAAGAAGCUGUUUCCAGAAAAUUGAUUUGUUUUAAUUCAGUUCUGACUAUUUACACUAAAUAAUAAUGAUUUUUUGGCUUUUAAAUGGAAACGCAACAGUUUUUCUUUUAAAUUAUUAUUAUGAAUAUUCUCUUCAUUG